AUGUCCGAACACAAGAAACAAAAAUUAUCUAACGCUUUAGAACAAUUAAAAGCUACUGGUACAGUAGUUGUUGCUGAUACCGGUGAUUAUGAGUCUAUUGCUAAGUUUUCCCCACAGGAUGCUACCACAAACCCAUCAUUAAUUUUGGCUGCUUCCAAAAAAGAAGCCUACCAAAGCUUAAUUAAUGCGGCUGUUCAAUAUGCCAAGGGCAAAAGUGACGAUGUAAGCAAACAAGUUGAAAUUGCUGUUGAUAAAUUAUUGGUUGAAUUCGGUUCUAAAAUUUUAAAAAUUGUCCCAGGUCGUGUUUCUACUGAGGUUGACGCUAGAUUGUCCUUUGACAAAGAAGCCACUAUUAAAAAGGCAUUGGAAAUCAUUCAAUUGUAUAAAGAGGUUGGGAUUUCUAAAGAACGUGUCUUGAUUAAAAUAGCUUCUACUUGGGAAGGUAUCCAAGCUGCCAAAGAAUUAGAAGAAAAGCAUGGUAUUCAUGUUAAUUUAACUUUAUUAUUUUCAUUCUGUCAAGCCGUUGCUGCUGCUGAAGCUAAGGUCACCUUGAUUUCUCCAUUCGUUGGUAGAAUCUUGGAUUGGUACAAGAAGAAUGAUCCUUCUGUCGAUUAUUCUAUUGCUAGUAACGAUCCAGGUGUUAAGAGUGUUCAUGCUAUCUACAACUACUACAAGAAAUUUGAUUACAAAACCAUUGUUAUGGGUGCUUCCUUUAGAAAUGUUGAUGAAAUCAAGAACUUGGCUGGUGUUGACUAUUUAACUAUUUCUCCAGGUUUAUUGGAUCAGUUAUUGAAUGACACUAAAGGUUCUGUUCCAGUUGUUUUAAAACCUGAGUUGGCAAAAGAUGAUGUUUCUAUUAAGAAGACUUCAUUUAUUCAUGAUGAACCAAAAUUCAGAUUUGAAUUAAACGAAGAUGCUAUGGCAACUGAAAAGUUGUCCGAAGGUAUAAGAAAAUUCUCUGCCGAUAUUGUCACACUGUUUGAUUUGAUUGAAAAGAAAGUUAAAGCUUGA